CUCCAUGGGUUUUCCGAGCGUACAGUAAGUGAGAAGAGCGUCACCCCACAGUGUGCUGGGAUUUGUGGAAGGCGGGCAAAGCAACCCUGUCGCUUGUCCACAUAUUCCAACAAGAUUCCCUUCCCUUGGGCCGCGGCCCUCGUAUAAAAGCCACAGGUGGCAAGCAGAGCCCUUCCGUUUGUGUCAAUUCGAAAGCUGAGGAUAGUUGCAACUCCUACAAUCCCAUCCGCAAACAAAAAACACUACCAUCCAUGUCUCUCGAAUUCUACCACGCCCCCUAUUCCACCGCGGACAUAACGAAAGCCGUCCUCACAGCCCUCCAAACCCCACACAAACUGCACACCCUGUCCUUCGCUACCAAAGACACUCGCAAGCCCGAGUUCCUCGCUCUGAACCCUAACGGACAGGUGCCCGUCAUCGUUCACGACAACGUGCCCAUCUUCGAGUCCGCCGCCAUCACACUCUACCUCGGCGAAACCUUCGGUGUCGAAAAGGGUCUCUACCCACCCCCCGGCCCGCAAAGGGGCGAGGCGAUGAAGUGGGUCAUCUGGAGCAAUGUGAACUUCUCCCGCCCUUUGUAUGUGUUGAUGAGUGCUAAGGGAGGAGGUGCCUUCUCGAAGGAGGAGAUCGACGCCGCUAACGAAACGUUGAACAAUUUGUUGGGGACGUUGACUAAGGGAUUGGAAGGAAAAGGGUUUUUGCUCGGCAGCUGGAGUGUGGUGGAUAUUCAUGUCGGGUCGAUGAUGGGGUAUGGAACUCUGGUGGGGAUGGAUACAACGGAAUUCCCGGCUGUGCAAGCUUAUGUGAAGAGGUGUGAGAAGAAGAUGGAAGAAGCGGAGAAGGCGGCGGCGGCAGCCAAGUGAGAAAGCAAUAGGGAGAACCGCGGUUUUGAGGUAACUCUUCGAACCGUACGGCCUUGUGCCGCCGAUGAGUUGCUCAAACUUCUGCCGUAUCA